GGCUUUUACUGUAAUUUCUAUACUACACAAAUAUAUUUUUUUUCUUCUUCUCUCCUCAGAAAUUUUUCCAAGAGAUUCCAGUCUAAAAGACAAGUUCAUAAAACAUUUUACAGGGCCAGUCACAUUUUCGUCAGAGUGUAGCAAGCACUUUCAUCGACUAUAUCACAACACAAGGGACUGCUCAACACCAGCCUAUUACAAAAGGUGUGCAAGGUUGCUAACGAGAUUAGCAAUGAGCCCUUUGUGUACACAAUCCUAGGAUGUUUGCUGUACUUUCUACCAAGAAGAGAAUUCUGAUUUGCCAAGAAAGUGCCUUGAAAUCUUCCGAGACAGAGAAGACAUCUUUUACCUUUCUGAUUUACAUUUUGUUACUAGAUGCUUUUUAUUUUCAUAUAUUUGUUGGACAUUCCAUAUUUGUGUGAAACAUUAUUUUAUUUUAAUUUGUAAAUUUGUUGCCUAUAGUUCAGACAAGCCAAUUAUUUAAAUACAAUGUAUAUAAAGAAUACUAAUGAUAUACUGAUUAAAUGUUUCAACCAUAUGCAGGGAGUUGGUAAAAUUUUGCUGUUUCUUGUUCCAUUGUAUUUACAUCAUUCUGCUCAGGCUCUUACUUUCAUUAUUUGCACUAACUUGAAAUGCAGAAGUCUAUGUAACUGAAAUCUGAAUAAGCUGUAAGUGGAGAAGUUUUACUUGCCAUGGAAGAUAUUUUAUAUUAUGAAGCUUUGUUAAUAUAUACAUAUAUAUUAUUGCACAUCAGAAAAAAAAUUGCUCAGAAAUGCACCUUGCUUUCAGGAACAUUUGUAUGACUAUUCUGGAUUGUCAUCAGUUACAUUUGUACUGGCACUUAUGGAAAGAGUUGCAAAUAAUGUAGAUAUAAAGACUGGAAAACUGCAAUGCAGUUUUGGUGGAAUAAAGAAC